AUGGCACCUGAAGCACUGCAGCUGCAGAAGAAACAGCGUCUAAACGCCAAGCAACCGGAGGCCACCAUGUAUGGCAGAGCUCCAUCGUGGGCAGAGAUUUUCCGACAUGCAGGGUAUGAGACAGGGAGAGAUGCAAUUGUCUCAUCGAGUGCCGGUCCCGUUCCAUCAUCUGAAGAGAAAACAGAUGAACGAGUUCCCAAGUCCGAUCCUUCUGCAUCUGCAGAGAGCGAAGACUCUCUCAUGCCAGAGGCUCUGGAUGUGAAGGAAAAUCGUCGAACCGAGGUUGAUGACUCCCAAUUGGAAUAUGAACGAGGAUGGGCCCCCAAAGUUGUACCUAGGAAGGCAUUUGUUCGGGCUGACAACGAUUCGGCCUUCAGAAGAGCGUUGCUCCGGCGUAGCCGACCAGGAAAUGAAGAGAGUGAACAGGGGAAUGAUGGGGAUGACGGAAAGUUGGAACCACAUGAGAUUCCUGUAGAAGUCCAGUACCGUAGCCUCUCGGUUGAGGAUCAAAAGCUGUUUGAUGCUGCCAAACAAAAAGAACUGAAAGCAUGGAUUGACCACAAAACCGUUCAGCGGGUCGCCAACGGCACUUUGAAACCAGAUCAAAUUAUGAGGUGCCGCUGGAUACUCAGUUGGAAGGCACCAGAGGUAGGAAGUGUUGAGCGACGGGCAAAAGCACGGUUGGUAGUGUUGGGUUUUGAGGAUCCUGAUUUGUCCACUGUUCCACGGGAUGCUCCAACACUAACAAAAGAUGGUCGUCAACUCAUCCUACAGCUGGUGGCAUCCAAACGUUGGGAUUUGUUGAACUUCGAUAUUUCCACAGCCUUUUUAAAGGGAAAAGGAGAUGGCCGGGCACUUGGUCUACAUGCUCCACCCGAGAUGAAAAGUGAACUUCAAAUGAAAGAAGGCGACCAAUGCCUUCUAAAAGGGGGGGCGUAUGGCCGUAUCGACGCUCCAUACCUCUGGUACUGUGAACUCAGAAAGGCACUGGAGGAGUUGGGUUUUGUAGGACAGUUACAGUCAUGCAUUCCCAGGGCAAAGGUCAAAGAUCUCCUAGAAGCCAAUCGAGUGCUUUAUGAAGGAAAGCGCCAUCAUGUGUGUAUCAUGGUGGUUCCCAUACGAAUAGAAGAUUUGACCUUCUGUGCCUUUUCAGAUGCCUCAUUUGCAACUGCAUCAAAUCUGCAGUCCCGACAAGGGACACUGAUCUUUACAACAGACAAGAAUCUUGCAGAGAACAAACGUGCCGUUGUCUGUCCAGUGGCUUGGAGCAGUCGUAAAACACCAAGGGUUGUGACUUCAACUCUUAGCGCAGAAGCUGCUGCUUUAAGUUCAACACUGGACCGUCUAGGCUUUUUGAGGCUGUUCUGGGAAUGGGUCAAAGACCCAAGCGUGGACUGGACAUGUCCGGACAAAAUUCUGAAAGAGGCACCUCGGUGCAAUGCAGUGACAGACUGCAAGUCUGUUGACGAUAUCGCAUCGAAGCAGGCUCCACCACAGUGCUCAGAACAUAGGACGUUGCUGGAAUGCCUUUUAAUUCGAGAGCGAUUGCAAGAAAACAUCUCAUUACGGUGGAUAGCAACACAGGCAAUGCUAGCCGAUUCACUGACUAAGAGCAUGGAUGCCAGUUUGUUGCGUGAAUGUCUCCGUACAGGUAAGUAUAGCCUUUUUGACGAAACAGAAGUGCUGAAACAAAGGGCUAACCGCCGUGAGAAGUUAAAGUGGCUGCAUGGAGAACAGGAUGGACAGAAUGAAUCAUAA